CUGUGUUAGCGAUUUGCUUUUUAGACAGGACCUCUUGAAUGGCGAGAUUCAGUUGGGGAUCAAACAGUUGCGACGCGAAUUUGGCGUCAUAAAAGGACCUGAUUUCUAUAUUCGAAGAUGGUGUCACGUGCUUCCCUGGUUGUGUUCUGGCCCUUUCGAUGGCUAUGCUUUAGAUUUGUCUAUGGCUAUGUGUGCUGCGGCUGGCGCCUUAUCCCAGCGCUACUACUACUACCUACAUCCUUCCACCUUUGAUCUGACCCUAGCCGUGACUUACUACUUGUGUCCAGAUGGCUCAGCCGGGCACGCCGACACCGGAAGACCCAGUGUUGGUCAAUUGCGAAGUGAGGUUCCGUGAAGGCGGUGUGAGGUCCGAAACUUUCAGCCUGAUGCAUUCUUUUGCAAGUGAAACAUCACAGCAAUUCUUCCAGAAGAUAUCGAGCAGUAUAGAACGCAGGUUUUCCAUGGGAUGGACUAUCGGCUUAGGGUGGCGUUCGUACACCUACUGGAAGGGUGUUUAUGCUGUGCAAUGUCGUCUUGAUGAUGACAGCGAUUAUAAAGCCCUCUGCAGGAGGGUACCGAACCUGGUGAGGGCAGUGAAUUCGGCGGGUGUUGAUAUGAUAGUGCAGGAGCCUGACAGUGCUCUCCCUCCAUAUGCACCGAAGCAGUCUCUGGGCAGCCCCGCAUCUUCUAAUCACGGGCGCCCCCACAAACGAAAGAAAAUCGAAGAGAAUCACUUUGACUUGGAUACUAUUCCAGGUCGAUCGACCUCCGCCACAAUCUCUCGACAGGAUGGUAAUAAUUGGCAAGAUGAUGGUAGCCUAUACGGGUCAUUCGCCGCGGAAUCCCAGGCUGCAUCGCCAGAAACACAACCGGAUCAAAUUACUUCAGGUGCUGCACCAGAAGUACAUAACUACAUGUCGCUCCCGAUUUCGGCAUAUUGCUGGGGAUUCGGCGUUUUUCUCGACUUACUGCAAGAUACCUCAGGGACUCUUCCUGUCGACAUGUAUCGAAAAGUCCGUUUGUUUAGCGCUGCUGUGCUCAAUGACAAGAUUUCGGACGAUGACCGCACAGCAGCUAUAAUGAACUCGCUUAAGUCCAUAAUCGGAAAAGGUUUCUCCACUGCUGCGACAAAUGGAAAGUCCUCCGGAAAUGUUGUUAUUUCGCUAUGCCCUCAAAAUCAGGGUGGAUCGCUUAUCGAGGAGAAUGCUAUUACGCUCAUCAUCCCCGAUGUGAGGCCAAUGUCCGUCUCAAGCCACGUUGCAAUGUCGGUUCAUGGAAACAUAUAUUCAAAUAUCGUAUCACAAAUUGAUUCUAGCAUCCGAAGGAUGUGUUGCUGUCCGAGUUUCAUCCUGACUUUAGCUGGUCCAUGGAUGUGUAUAUCCGGCAGCGUCCUCCUUGAGUCGUCCGUCGUCGAGCCACUCACCGAAUUCAUAUGGCUCGAUUUGGGGAAGAACUCUCGAAGACUCGAGUAUCUUUCACGUGUCUUUAGAGCACUUGUACAUGCCAUGAAAGUUCUCGAGGAGUCCUACAGAACACUACACACCAUCCCACAUGGGCCACCCAAGUUCCCGUGUUUUUUAUCGUUCUCCAUGCGAGGCGGUACCUAUGGCCUCCGGUGCUAUGAACUGCUUAGUUUCCCUGCAGUCUUCUUAGCCGAACUCAUUGACCAAUCAGCAAGCUCCACCACUCUCCCUGUAGUCGCAAAAUUUGUGCCGAGCUACGCCGUUGAUGCUCACAAACUACUGGCAGAGGCGAACCUCGCGCCAGGAUUUCUUCAUUUGGAGAGACUGCCUGGCGGCAUGCAGGUCGUGGUCAUGGAGCAUGUUGCCGGUACGAAUGCUAGUGAAAUGGGGGAUGAAUGGCAGCUCUCCGAACGACACCUUGAGCAAAUUCAACAAGCUGUGGAGCUACUGCACGAAAAUGGCUUCGUUCAUGGGGAUCUCCAAGCCUGUAACAUCAUCAUAGAAGACGAUACGAACAACGCGAAACUGGUCGACUUCGAUUGGACUGCAAAAGAUGGUGAGGGCCGAUAUCCAAUGGACCUCAAAGAGGAUAUAGACAUGGAAUGGUGUGAGGGUGUAGAGCCUGGAGCGGUUAUGACUAAGGGGCAUGAUAUUUACAUGCUUGGGAUUCUUCGAAGGAACUGGGCUGCACUGAGCGAGCAGUAGGUUGUUCUGGUCCCUGGAGAGCGCCAAACUUAUUCUUACUGUUGAAAGAUAGUCCGAGUCCCGCCACUUCUACCUACAUAUAGUUAGGGACUGAUGAGAGACUGGUGUCUUUUUUUCCAUGUCCGUCAUCCAAUGUAUAGCGUAAUUAUUCGCUCCACUUGUAUUACUGAAUGGCAACACUUGUGUGUGCACUUGCCA